GCCCAGCUCCCUCGGCCCGGCGGAUCCCGGCUGCUUGCGACCUCCUGUUCCCUCCUGAGCCCCGCUGCCCGCACUCCCCGCUCAUGGCCUCGCUGCUGUGCUGCGGGCCCAAGCUGGCUGCCUGCGGCAUCGUCCUCAGUGCCUGGGGCGUGAUCAUGUUGAUAAUGCUUGGAAUAUUUUUCAAUGUCCAUUCUGCCGUGUUAAUUGAGGACGUUCCCUUCACGGAGAAAGACUUUGAGAACGGCCCUCAGAAAAUAUACGACCUUUACGAGCAAGUCAGCUACAACUGUUUCAUCGCCGCGGGUCUUUACCUCCUCCUGGGAGGCUUCUCCUUCUGCCAGGUUCGCCUCAAUAAACGCAAGGAAUACAUGGUUCGCUAGAGCUCGCCCCGCUCUCCCUCCCCACCCCUCUCUCUGGCAGUCCCUCCCAUUCUGGGGACCGGCUGUCUGUCCGUCUGUGCCGGCGCCCUGCCCUUGGCCGGAAGUACAAUAAAGAUGCUGGUCUCUUAAA